AUGCCUUUGCCUGUAACUGAUGUCCCAGCCACUCAGAGGCUGGCACUGGACUGCCGUACCCUUCUGGACCAUCGCGUUGGCAAGGGGGUUUGUGGCUGUUGCGGGGCUCUCAGGCCUCGAUACAAGAGACUGGUGGACAACAUCUUCCCAGAGGAUCCGGAGGAUGGGCUGGUCAAGGCCAACAUGGAGAAGCUGACCUUCUACGCCUUGUCAGCUCCAGAGAAGCUGGACCGUAUCGGAGCCUACCUGUCGGAGAGACUGUCCAGGGAUGUGGCUCGGCACAGAUACGGGUAUGUGUGCAUAGCAAUGGAAGCUUUGGACCAGCUGCUGAUGGCCUGUCACUGUCAGAGCAUCAACCUGUUUGUAGAGAGCUUUCUAAAGAUGGUGCGCAAGCUGCUGGAGUCAGACAAACCCAAUCUUCAGAUCCUGGGUACCAACUCGUUUGUAAAGUUUGCUAAUAUAGAAGAGGACACACCAUCCUACCACCGCAGUUAUGACUUCUUUGUGUCACGCUUCAGUGAGAUGUGCCAUUCGAACUACGAAGACCCCGACAUCCGCACCAAGAUCCGGAUGGCGGGUAUUAAGGGUCUGCAGGGUGUGGUGAGGAAGACUGUGAAUGAUGAGCUGCAGGCUAACAUCUGGGACCCUCAGCACAUGGACAAGAUUGUCCCCUCUCUGCUUUUCAACCUGCAGAGCGGAGAGCGCACAGAGAGUCGCUCGCCGUCUCCGCUGCAGGCGUCGGACAAGGAGAAGGAAAGCCCGGUGGAGCUGACGGAGCGCUGCUUCCGAGAGCUGCUGGGCCGGGCUGCCUACGGCAACAUCAAGAACGCUGUCACGCCAGUCCUGAUGCACUUGGAUAACCACUCUCUAUGGGAAGGAAAGACCUUUGCUGUGCGCUGUUUCAAAAUCAUCAUGUACUCUAUCCAGUCGAAAGUUGGCUUUAACUUAACUUGUCCCCACCCCCAGUCUCAACACUCUCACUUGGUGAUUCAACAACUUCUGGGUCACCUGGACGCUAACAGCAAGAGCUCGGCGACGGUGCGAGCUGGGAUUGUGGAGGUUCUGCUGGAGGCGGCAGCCAUCGCAGCCAGUGGCUCCGUAGGUCCCACGGUUUUGGAGGUGUUCAACACGCUGCUGAGGCAGCUUCGUCUGAGUGUGGACUACGAGCUGACGGGCUCGUACGACGGCAGCACCAACAUCGGCACCAAGAUCAUCAAAGCACACGAAGAGAGGCAGCUGCAGGAGGCUGUGAUCAGGACCAUCGGUUCAUUUGCCAACACUUUACCCACCUACCAGAGAUCAGAGGUAAUGCUCUUCAUCAUGGGCAAGAUCCCAGUCCCUGGAGUACAUCUCACUCUGCCCUCCACCGGCUCUGGGCCUGAGGGUACGAGGAUGAUUCAGGUUAUGCUACUCAAGUCCGUGGUUCAGGUGACUGCAGGCUUCCAAACUACAAACAUGCUCACAGCACUGCCCAGCUCUUUCUUGGAGCCACUGCUCUCAUUCUCUCUAACUGAGGAUCCAGAAAUCCGGCUGCUUGUUCUUCAAAUCCUUCUCAGCCUUAUCGACAGACACGAUAACAGGCCGAAAUUUUCUAAAAUAUGCAUCAUCUCGGACAUCUCUGUGCUGAAGCUGAAAGUUGACAAGUGCUCCAGACAGGACAAUUUAUUCAUGAAGAAGCACGGCCAGCAUCUGUACCGACACAUUUACCUGGGCUGUAAGGAAGAGAGCAGCGGCCCGCAGCACUACGAGACCCUCUUUGCCCUGUUAGGCCUUCUGAGUGUGGAGCUGGCUAACGAAGAGGUGGUGGUGGACCUCAUUCGCCUGGCACUUGCCCUGCAGGACCUGGCUCUGUCCACAGACGAGCCUCUGCCGAUGUAUAACCGCUGUGCUGUUCAUGCCCUCGCAGCGGCCUACCUCAACCUCAUCUGCCAGCUCACUACUGUCCCAGCCUUCUGCCAGCACAUACAUGAGGUAAUUGAGCUGAGACAGAAAGAAACCCCUUACCUUUUGCCUGAGGAUGUCUUCAUUGAGAAUCCCAAACUGCCGUCUUCAGUGGACAAAGUGGAAGGGGGUGUUCUGUUCCUCCAGUCAAAGAUCACUGAGGUUCUUGGGGGUAGUGGUUAUAACACAGAGAGGCUGGCUACGCCCUAUGUCCCACAGUAUACUGAUGAGGACCGGCUAUCCAAGAGAAAGAGCAUUGGGGAGACCAUCUCUCUUCAGGUGGAGGUUGAGUCUCGAAACAGUCCAGAGAAAGAGGAGAGGACACCAGCAGAGGAGAUUACCUUUGAAACUCUGAAAAAUGCCAUUGUGGACAGCGUGGGUAUGGAGGAGCAGGAGAGGGAGAGGAGGAGACAAGUGGUGGAGAAGUUCCAAAAGGCUCCCUUUGAGGAGAUAGCUGCCCACUGCGGUGCCAGGGCCACGCAGCUGCAGAGCAAACUAAAUCAAAUCUUUGAGAUAACAAUCAGACCCCCCCCCAGCCCGUCUGGAACCAUUUCUUCAGGUUACGGCCAAAGCCAGAGCCGAUCUGUUCCCAUUUACGAGAUGAAGUUUCCCGACCUUUGCGUGUAUUAACCCACAAGGAGUCCAGCAGUGUGAGAUAUCUGACUGGACGGGGAAAGGAUUUGGGAAGGUUGGGGAGGGGGACCAUUUCUCACUGUAAAAUCAUCUUGACCGAAAAAGCCACAGUGCAAGUGGAACACAGUGAUUUACAGCUAAAGAGCAAAGCAAUUCUUGAUUAAGUUGGCCGGUUGGCUGUCUAAGAUUUUCUUUUACCCCUUGACUGGGAUCAAAAGAAGCUGACUAAUGUCAAUAAAUCGUCAGUCAGCAAACUGGAAUUAAACACAAUUAGAUGUGUGUGGAGACUCCACGGGUUGAUUUGCCAAGAACUGUGUAAUUCUGAUUGGGUUUUUGAUUUUCUGGAUUUUUUUUAUUGGCACUGCAUUUGCUGGACCUUCUUUUGCUCGUCAGUUUGUCCCACACAGGGUGCCAUACUACCUUUGAUCGCAGCAUUAGUUUGAUCAGUCUUGCAAAUUUUUGGCAUUUUAUAUUUGUUUUUAUAGAUUUGAUGAGCAGAGUGUAUGAGAAAUAGGCAUUUUAAUUCACAAAAUAUUUUUUUGUGCGUAUGUUUGAUGGAUUGAAAGAUUUAAGACGACUCGGUUUUGUUUUGCCUAGCCAGAAGUGCUUUUUGUUUUAUCUUUGGCAUUUGUUUCCUAACUCGUAUUUAUUAUUUCUGUCUUAGUUGCUUUUAACUAAACGAUAACCAUCAAUUCAAGCAUCCUUGGAGACACACGCACCCACACUGUGCCAGUCAUGACCACACAAACUCCCAAAGUGUUUACUGCAAUGUUUACCACACCAAACACUAGAAGAAUAGUUUUUUUCUUCCCAUAUAUAUGUGUAUAUACAGAGAAAUGUAUAAAUCUUUAAGAUGAUGUACAGAGUGUGGGAUGUAUUUUGUGAGUGUGUGUGUGUGUGUAUAUAUAUAUACUGUAAAUUCAGAUUUUAAACGGCCACUGCACUGGUUGUGUGCUAGUUCAGGUAGAAAUCUAGAUCCAGACACUAGUUGAUUAAAUCUAACUGAAUAGAUCCCAACAAUCCACAGCAGAAAAAUGCAUCAUCUUGAGGCCGUGAUGUAUUGAAGAACUCGUCUUUUAGGAAAGUUAGAACGUUAGAAAAUCCUUUUCUCUUCCUUUAUCAGCGACAGAAACUGACCGGCAUUGUUUCCAUUACGUCCGAAAACCUGCACGAAAGGCUUUCAUGCGGCUUCCCUGCAGAGCACCCGUCUCAUCCAGACCCGUGGAAGCCAUUCAGUGUGCAUGUUUGCGCACACACAGGUACAAAAACAGAGUAUAAUGGCAAUAAUUGGGCACUAGCAUGGCCAACACGGUCCCGCUGUAGGUAGCAGAUUGUUUUGUGCUUUUUAAAUUGUGCCUCCUCUCACUGUGGUGCUGUGGUGGUUCAGUUUUGUGACAUUUAAAGGCACCACCCCUCCCCCUGCGCUUUGACUGAGCUGCAUCGAGCAGCCAUCUUGUUUGAUUUAGCCGGUGGUGUCGGGUUUGUCCCUGAUUGUUACGUCUUGAAGUCCUGCUGACUGUGUUGGUUUACCAUUUUGUUUAGUCUAAAGUGUAUGUGUUCAUGUCCUCGCAUAACGUAGAACAUAUGAACUCUUCAUCUGAACUCUUUUUCAUUCUGUAUGCGUUCAUGUUUUUGUGUGAGCACUUACACAGAUGUGUCUUUAUCAUCAUAACCUGAGACCAAACUCUUCAGACGUGUUUUACUUUUGUUCGGUGACUCUUUCAAACAUGUUGGGGAAGAACAAGCUAUUGAAGAGCAACACGCAGCUGUCUUAACCCUUCGGUGACACAUUGUAAAAUUGUCUUUUCAGCAUCUUCAACUCAGAAGUGUAAAUCUAUCAGUCUGCGUGUAGUCAUUGCAUUGUGUAUUGUAAUAUUAACCGAUGUAAAUCCAACUUUACUUUCUGCGAUCACAUGUCUGUUUAGUAGAUCUGUUUACGGUGUAGUGCUGUAGGUCAAAUCUAUUCAUUCUGUGGACUUUGCACUUUAAAAACUGGAUUAUCUAGUGACGAAGGCAGCUUUUACAUGGAGAAAAUGCCUUAUGCGUGUCAUAGCUGACUUUGCAUGCUAGUGAUGUUGCCGUGUUGUACAAUAAAUGUAUCUUGAACCGU